AUCGCUCGGCACUCUCCCUCCCUCCUGGGACUGUAGUCUGCUCGAUGAUCUCGGUCGUCCGCUUUUCUCUCCAGUGCGGGUCCUGAGCUGGCCCCGCUCGGCGCUCCGUUGAGCUUCCUGGGCAGUCUGUCUGGUCGAUGUUUCGGUGCUCGUUCUGUCUCCCCUGCCUAUGUAACCCAUAGUCUGGGGCUCCGAGCAUCGUCUGCAGAGCUUCGGUCCGUCUGAUCCUCCCUGCGGCGGGGACAGACCGCGUCUGGCUCAGUGCGAUCGGCGCUCCUCGCCUUCCCCUGGCUUUGGGUUAUCGGUGUUCGCUGGCUCUCCCCUUGCUGGCGAUGAAUGGCCGCUGCUGCUCCUGGAGCCGCUGAGACCCGAGCACCGGAAGCGGUAACCGGGGGGAGCGGACCGCGGUGAGAAGAGGGAGGACCGAGCACCGGCCUCUGUACCCUCCCCUCCCACCACUAUCUGCCCCUUCAGUUCUCAUCAUGUCUCAGACUCUCCAGAUGGAGAUCCCCAACUUUGGGAACAGCAUCCUGGAGUGCCUCAAUGAACAGCGCCUCCAGGGACUAUACUGUGACGUCUCCGUGGUGGUACGCGGACACCAAUUCAAAGCCCACCGGGCUGUCCUGGCAGCGAGCAGCUCAUAUUUUAGAGACCUGUUCCACAGCAGCAAGAAUCCAGUGGUGGAGCUGCCCGGAUCGGUCCAGCCACAGUCCUUCCAGCAGAUCUUGAGCUUCUGCUAUACUGGGCGGCUCAGCAUGAACGUAGGAGACCAGUUUCUGCUCAUGUAUACAGCCGGCUUUCUACAGAUCCAGGAGAUCAUGGAGAAAGGGACAGAGUUCUUCCUGAAGGUCAGCUCUCCCAGUUGUGACUCCCAGGGUCUCCACCCUGAAGAAGCUCCAAGCUCCGAGCCACCAAGCCCGGCUGCGACAGCAACGGUCGCAGCAGCAGCCACCGCAGUGGCCUCUCUGUCAUCAUCGUCUUCCUACUCCAACUCCCGAGCAGCCAGGGUGAAGACCGAGAGCCAGGAGUCUGAGGCAGUGCAGUGUACUCCAGUGGCCAAGAGGCUCUGGGAUGGGGGACAGAAAGAGGCCGGAGCAGCAAGUAGAAAGGUGCCACGGUUUUCCCAGCCAGCAGCAGGAGGGACAACUGGGGCCGUGGCUCCAUUGGGGUCAGAGCGAACAAGCCCAGGAACUUCCAGUGCAUACACAAGCGACAGCCCUGGUUCAUACCACAAUGAGGAGGAUGAAGAGGAGGAGGUUACAGAGGACGGAACAGAGGAGCAAUACCGUCAGAUCUGCAAUAUGUAUACAAUGUACAGCAUGAUGAACGUCAACCAAGCCGAAUAUUCUUUGACUUCUCCAGCUGAGAAGGUUGAAGCCCUGCCAGACCCCGUCUUCUCAGACUCCAGGAACCGCGUCCGUGUCAAGCAGGACCUGGCCACCCUUCCCGCAGAACUCAUCAGUCAGAUUGGGAAUCGCUGUCACCCAAAACUGUACGAAGAAGGGGACCCCGCUGAGAAGAUAGAACUAGUGACUGGAACCAACGUGUUUAUCACGCGCGCCCAGCUGAUGAACUGUCACAUCAGUGCCGGGACACGCCAUAAGGUCUUGCUGCGCAGGUUGCUGGCUUCUUUCUUCGACAGAAACACCUUAGCAAACAGUUGCGGCACCGGAAUUCGCUCAUCCACUAAUGACCCCAGCAGAAAGCCUCUGGACAGCCGAGUUCUGCAUGCAGUGAAAUUCUACUGUCAGAAUUUUGCCCCGAAUUUCAAAGAAAGCGAGAUGAACGCCAUCGCCGCAGACAUGUGUACGAACGCCCGGCGCGUGGUGCGCAAGAGUUGGAUCCCGAAACUGAAGCUCCUGAUGGCUGAAGGAGAUGCCUACACGUCUUUUAUUAAUGACACCGGUAAAAUGGAGCCUGACCUUAUGGGGGCCGCCACCGGUGGCGAUCACGGCACAGGCUUUGACGGGGAGCCUGGUGAGGGGAUGCCCUGAUGCCUUCUAUGUUACACGCCCCCCAGAAAAUGUAAAUACCCCUGCCCCCUCUGUCUGUAGUGAGGGGGAGGAAGGACACUAUGGCGCUCAGGAGGUGGGCUAUCAACUGUAUGCCGCAGGAGGUGGUGCUAAGUAUGACUGUACGCUGCUGCUGCACGACCUGAGGACGGGCGUGGAAGCAUUCAUUAUGACUAUACAUUGCUGCAUGAGGUACUCCGUAUCAUUUACACUGCGCCACAUGCCCAUUGCCAGUAUACAGUUAUACGCAGUGUCAUUAUAUAGCGCGUUCAUUAUCAGUGUUUAGAGACAUACCCUGCAUCAUUAUACAGCACGUCAUGGUCAUAGAGGUGGGAUGACCGGUCCACUUGCUGAGAGUUGUAAAUAGAUACUCUGCAUCGUUUUACAAGUGCAGGGCAGAAACUCUGUAAUCUUACUGGCCCUCUGAUAACCCAACUCCUGCGUCCCUGCUUCCUGGGAGAGACUUUUGUUUUUAGUAAACUUUGCUACGGUUUAUGAGACCCCCCCCCCCCCCCCCCCCCCAUUCCUAAAACCACCCCAUUAAAGAGUUGGACGUUGCCUCAAGAUCUAGCGGCUGCAAACAGAGAGUAUGUGCUGGGGAGUGAGUGUUGACGUGAUAAAGUGGGUGGGGUGGGGACGAGGAAACAAGCAGCGUGGGCGGCCGACGUCACCAGAAACCAGCGACAAAUGAAGUGCCUCACGCCUGGGUGAUGUCACUGGUUCCUAGUGAAUGGAUAGGCUGCCUCCUUGCGCUGCUGCUUCAGUGCACAGACUGGUCAUGCCUUUGCUCGGGGUCUAAUGGGCGCCCUCUAGUGUGAGUCGUGCACAUUAUCAGACUCGCUAUUCGUGGCCUCCAGACCAGAUCUUUCUAGCGUCAAAUUGAGCACAAGAUGGAUUUAUACCUAGUUUUACUGGGAUUAUGUUUAAACACCACCAAUAAUGUAGUAGAUUCCAGUAAAUUAACAAGUUCUGCCUGCUAUAUGCAGAUCUGACAUCUUUGUAAGCGGGUGUGAGAGUUAUAUAGAUGCCGGACUGCUUAAGUGUGCAAGCAAUUGGUCUUCUCCAUGUAUGAAUGAGGAGCAUGCUCAUCUGAUUGGCUCGUCUCAGUGCCAAUCAGAUAGAUUUGUUAAGCAGGGUGCUUCCACUCAUUCCUGGCUGCGACAUUGGGCCUCGAGGUGACCUGAUCUGUCAUUACUCCAAUACAGGCCGCUGGGUGGGGUGGGGGGUAUGUACAUAUAUGUGUACACAUAGUAACGUAGCAAUGUUUUUAUGCCGUUAUAUCAGUGUGUGUGUAUAUAUAUAUAUUAUAUAUAUAUAUAUAUAUAUAUAUACACACACAACAUACAUAUAACCAUAUUAAUGAUUUUAUAUUUGCAUAAGCACAGAGGUAACUUUAGUGAUUUUCACGCAAACGUGUAUGUAGUUAUAUAUACAAGUGUACUGUGGGGAGGGGCGUAUGUGUAUAUACACACACACUAUGUGAAUGACCCAUUUUCUUUUUAUCGUAGACAGUGGGUUGUGAAUGAAACAAAGAACUGGUUCCCCUGUUGAUGGAUUCCUAGUUUCAGGACUUUUGAUAGCGUAUACCUGGGCUAUGCGACAAUGCACUAGACUGAUGCCAUGCCUGAGAUCUUAGGGGACUGACCUGCAUUGCUCUGUAGGAGGUGUUGUGUCACCACGUGCUCUCUGGGAAGUUGGUGCAGCUAAGGUGGCUUACAUCCUUAACCACGAUCCUCCUGUAAAGCCUGUAUGUUUUGUCAGUUUUAUGCACCUUUGGUGUCUGUUGAAAGGGAGAGGGGGGGGGGGGAAUUUUUGAACCAGACUGUUGAAUAAUGUUAUACUCACUGAAACAUCCCCCUCCAUGUCUGACCAUUAGUCAUUCGUUCUUUCAGUGCAUGGUGGACUAGCAUUAAGAGAUCAUGUUUUGGGGCUUUUGCAAGGUUCUGAGGUGUGGAAUUUUACACUUCCCACACAGUUCUGCAGGGGAGGGGGGUACAUGGUUUGGAACAGGGCAAAUAUAAAAAUAGUGUGGGGGGGGAGAGUCUCAUCUAGUCUUGAGAUGCUGAGUGUUUGCUGCGCAGAGAGUCUGCUCUGUAGGCACGACUAUGGGAGAACAGUAUGGGGGAGAUCAGCUCCGGAGCACACACAUGUAGAUUGAUGACGUAGGCCCAUAGUGCUCCUUGAGUUUGUUUGUAGGUGAUAUGAUUCUACGCUAGUGUUAAUAUAACAGUGGGACUCUGGCUUGGCUUUUGCCUGCAGUAUUUUACUAUACCCCAUUGGAGGAGAGGUUGUGCAGUCAAUAUUUUCUUAUUUAUUAUGUUUUACAACAUGCAAGAACAUCGUUUUGGAUGGCUUAAUGGUACAGGCCCCUACCCUGUUAUGUCACAUGACUUCUGUUAGCGGUCCAAGAUGGAAGUGUAGACCCUGUGCGCACCAUCUAGGUCCUGGCUGCUGUCACCUACGUGGUGCAUUGGUCUUCCGCAAAGCCCUGCAGGUCUCUUCCCUUGUGUCUGAGGGGUGUCGCGCGUGCAGGGUGAAUGCCUUAACCCGGCCACAACACGGACCCAUCCCACCGCUCAAUCAGUGGCCAAUGUAGUUAGCAUCUGGCCAUUCAUUCCACUUAAGUCGAGCAUGUAGGGAAUGGUUUUAACUAUACUUCGAGCAACACAUGUUCCAACACAGCUUUGUUGUCUCCUCCAAAAAUCACCAAGUAGAGACGCAGUACACCUACAGGCAUAAUAACCUGCAUAGCGCCAUCCCGCAGCCCCCAGUUUACAAACUAACCCCCGCUGCCCAGUAUUUGUGUUCAAAAGACUUUGUAGAGAAUAACAGACUGGCUGCGCAGCGUUAGACCCCCCCCCCCGGCGUGUGAGUACAUGUGUAUUUUGUAAAUAGAUGUAUAGCUAUCCAGUAGGGAGCUGAUGAAACCUGUAGUAUAUAGGUAGAGAGGAAUAACUGGGGAUAGAGAGGAAACUGUAUGGUACCAAUUAGGUUAGACAAGCCAAAUUGUCAUAAUAAACAAUACUGUAAUUCUAACCAAAAGUUACUACAUUGAUUUCUUUACUGGGAGUUCGGCCUAUUUACCUGGCAACGUGAGAUGACCAAAUAAUCCGUUCCCUUCCUCCCCCCUCCCUUCCUGAGUUUACAGCAUUGUGUAUAGUCAAGAAUUUGUGUGCAAUACAAAUAAACACUAUCUAAUGGGGUAUUAGCUUUGGCCUUUCGCCACACCCCAAUGUAAUAUCGGUAUGCAGAGACUGUUGCGUUUAUUCAAGGGCUGCCAUGGAGUCUGAACAAUCUGCCUGUGUGUGUGUGUACAUAUAAAUGUGUAUAUAUAGUGACCUCUCUUCCCACGUAGAGAUUCUCUGUAAGUAGGCUGUAAUGGGAUGUAAAUAUUUGAAUUAAUAUUUUUGCAGGCAAUGGGGUGGGAAUGGAGAACUGAAGAGGCAGCCCUCGAGAAUCCGUUGUGUGUCUGUAUAUACAAAGGUGCGCAGGGUUGCACGUGUGUAUAUACACUUUUUUGUUUUGUUUUUAAUGCAUAUUUUUUUCUUUUGUCCUUGUCACAUGUUUAGUAUAAAUAAUAAUCAUAUCACAUUUCUACCGUAGUCAUAUUAGAAGGGAAAUUUCACAUAUUAUAAACGUAUAUUUUAUAGGCCUUUAUUCUGUUCAUCGCAAUGAUUUCUGGUAAAGGUGUAGUAACCUCUCGCAGACUGUAGGUGGUGCUGUGUAUGCUUUUAUCUGUGGACAGGCAGCAAAGACUCUGGCUGUUUAAUGGUUGUGGAACUACAUGUCCAAGCAUACCCUGCAUGCCGGAGAUAGUCCAGGUCAUCUUGGAUAUGUAGUCAGCUGCUUAUUGUUUAAGCUUAGGCCGGGUACACACGGCCAAUCAGAAUAUAUCAUGUACUAUGUGGUGCAGUUAAAUGAAGGACGGAACGAGAUAUCAUUCCACCGUUCAUAGAAUUGCACAGUGUAUACGGCCAACUUCGCUUAUUCCAGGACUAAGGGAAUUUGUCCCAAUAGGCAGUGGCUCUGCCCAGCCUGUUUUGUAGAGAAUAUCCUGGAGCACCACCUGCAGGCUGAGAGUGGGAACUACAGCCAUCAUGUUUAAUCCAACCUUAAACAAUAUCUUCCCCAAAAUAAAAUGGCGCAACUGCCAUGAAUGGAUUUACCCUUGUUUUAACCCAUCCUAUAAAAUAUAUAGAUUUUGAUGAAGGAAAAAAGUGACUCUUCCCUUGUUAGCUGGCAAUAUAAUAGGCAUCUUCACAGACAGACUGGUAAACUUUAGUAUGAUAUAUUAGCAGAGAAGAGGGCUGCACGCUUUAUGAAAAUGUUUUUCUUCCCCCCCAUGGCCAGUGAUUUUAGUUUUUGUUUUUUUUAAACUGUAGAGAAUAAAUUGAAACUGAAACAUAACAAAAAAAACAGAUUUCCUUCCGCCAUAACAAAGUCCUUACUAAUUGCACAUUCUUGAUUGUGAAUCGCAGCUGCUUGACAAGACCCCUUUCCCCCGCCUGCUUGUUCACCGCACGGUCGGUGGGGAAUUUUUUGCAGUUUCUAUAUCGCUCCUUUAACAUGUCCCCUCCCCUCUGCUCUCUUUUAAGUGCCAAGAUAUCGCUGUGUGUUCCCUUAACUGUGAGACAGGAGCAUUGCACAUUACUGAAUAAUGAAAAAAAAUACAAAUCAGAAAACUGAUUAAUAAAGUUUUUAACAAAAAGGAAA